AUGAACUAUAACAUAACUGAUACCUGCAUCAAGCCCAAAAUCAGGAGGUAUCACGCGAGGAAUCAGACUAUAGGAAACGGUGUGGAUAAAAUGAAAGAAAGUAUGAUUGCCACUAUCAGACAGGAUCUGUAUAAUCUGAGCUGGAAGGGAAUACGACCUAAAGAAGAAUUUGAUGCUGACAUCC